AUGCGAGCUCCGCGGCCGGACGGCGAGGUGGAGAGCUCCCGCUUUUUAAGAAGCUUCUCAAUCAAUUGCUUCGAGUGGUGGAGCUUGGACGCCUGUGCCAACAUCGGCUCGAGUCCCUGCACCGCGAAUCGCUGCAGCUCUGGUCGGCUUGCCUUGACUCUGGUGCCCAUGAAGACCGCUGUGCUGGCUUUACUUUGCUCGUUGUACGGCAUCCUAGCGCAGGAGCUCCGCGGUGGGCGUCGUGCUGCUGGUCCCGAUGCAGAGCAGCUGCUGCCCAAGCCCGAUGUGACGGUAGCACAUGGCCUAUAUGAGUCCAGCUGUGAAGUCCCUGGAGAGGGAACGAAGCAGGUGGCCCGUGGUCCUGGAGGAUGUGUCAAUGCCCAGCCAGGUUUGGCGGGUUUCAAGAAGCACCAAACAGUCAUGUCCUUCCUGGUCGAGCCCUGUGGCUUAGUGGCACCGCAUUUGCAUGCUAACUCCGUGGAGAUCAACACUGUGAUCCGUGGAGCCGGAGUCAUUGGGCAGCUCACCACCGACACAAAUGAGCUUGAGCUGUCAGAAGUCAGCGAAGGUGACUCCUUCUUCUUCGCACAGGCGGCCUACCAUUGGUGGGUGAAUUUGGGUGAGGAGCCUCUCAUUACGGUUGGUGCCUUCUUCAACACCGACGAUCCCGACACGGCACUGGUGGGAUUUGAUGACGGCGUCGGGCUGGUUGGCACCCUGAUGCAGGACAUGCCGUUGCUGAACACCAUGGUCGGCCGGUCUAGCGGCCGCAAGAACACGGUGCCGCUGAACGAGAAAGAGAGCCCCCUGUUUCCCAAGCUUACUCCUGAAGCCUGUGCUGCAGCACGUUCAAGCAACCGGCGGGCAGGGAAAGAGAGCUUCCAGAAGAAUCCGAGCGGCACCAACAUGUUCCAGCCCGGUGAGCUACGCUCGGGGAAGUUUGGGCUGACGGCAGCAGACACCCCGGUCUCAUGCCCCAAGCCACCGUGCGGAGGAGGACUACGACCGCUGGCCGGAGAGGUCGCCAGUCGCAGCGAGGGUGUGGCUGGCACAGCAUCUUCACAGCCCAGCUUUGAUGGAGGCCUGUCAUUCACCGCCAACGGGGGCGGGCCUCCGCCACCUGCGUUUUGGCCCGGCCUGACCAAUGUGGCAGGAGGCAAAUCGCUGGUGAAGUUCGUAGUUUCCUACUGCGGCAUCGUGUCUGCGCAUACUCACCCAAACGCUGCGGAAUGGAACACAGUCAUCAGCGGCGCAGGCCAGGUGUCCUACUACCGGGUGAACACGGGUGAUGCUACACAAUUGGUGACAAUGGAUGUGAAGAAGGGGGACACCUUUGUGUUUCCACAGGGCACUGUGCACUGGUGGGUGAACUACAGCCCCACUGAACAGCUGGCCACAGUGGGUGGAUUCUCUGCUGCCUUUCCUGACACAUCCCUGUUGUCGGAGCUCUUCCGCAAGACCGAGCAGGCUUUUCCGUUCGUGAAUGAUGCCGUGCUGGGCGAAGACUUCGUGCCGUCUGCUGCGACAGAAGGCGGUAACCUCUUCCCUCUCCUUCCCAACCGUCAACCUGCAGGCUGUGGUGGCGACACUCCAUGCGCGUCGUGCAUCUAG